CAGGCCGGCUUCCCAGCGGCCCUGAGCGCGGGGGUUCAAGUUUUGGACUCCAUUGCAAAUCUGAUGAAGAAUAUUCUUUGAAAAGAGCAAAAAAUUUUUCUGAAAGUUGCAAACAUAUCAGACCCUAUACUUCAAUGCUUUUUGAGAGUUAUUUCCUGUUAAGGUGGAACUGUCCAGUGUGAUGUUAGCUAUGAAAGAAAGUAUGCCUCUGAAAAAUUAAUUCUGCUUGGGAACAAGUUCUAUUUUACACCAAACUUAGGCCCACUCUGAAUGGCCUCUCUGUACAUCACUCAGCACAGCUGCUGACUUAAAAAUGUGUUUUCUUUACAUUCUGAUGGAUGUGGAUUAUUAACAGCAGACCUUGCUAAUCACCAGUAGCAAUAGGUUUCUGAUUUGCAACUAUGUCUGCUAAUAAUUUGAGAGAAACACCAUCGUAUUAUGAAGAACUAUUUAAUUUUUACAUUCAAAGUUUAAGAAGAAAAAAGGAUUUCUCAAGGUCAUUAUUUACAAUCAAUGCAAAUUUCAUCUUGAAAUUCAAUCAGACACAGGAUCCAGUGGAGGAGAAAAAAUUGUUGGAACAAGCUAGAAAAAGCAUUCUCAGAUGUAAGAGAAAAUUGGGUCUCAAAACGCUGGGUUCUGGGAACCAUGUUCAUCUUCCUUCUGCUUGGAUUGAAGUAAUGUAUCUGGCUCAGUGCAAAGGAGAAAUUCAAGAAGAAGCUUUAAGUAUGCUUUAUACUUCCCUGGACCAAGCUUCCUUCGAUUAUGAUCAUCUGCCUGUCUUGUUUUUUCUUGCGGAAUCAGUUUUACACAGAUUUUGUUGUGAUGCAUUUGUGAAGGUAUUUUUAUAUUCAGUUGAAAUAAAACUGGCAAAGAUUGGCUAUUUGAUCUUCUUACGACUUUUUAUAUUUUUCCUGCACGGUCACCUAGAAAGUUUUAAACAACAUUUACUUAGGCUUCAACCAUAUUUAUACGCACUUUCUUUCUCUGAAGAAUCAUAUUGCAAGUAUCCAAGCAUCUUUUCAAAUGUGCAGUUCAUCCUGAAAAUAUCAGAAAUCAUAUGUAAAAGAGAAGUUUCGGAAUCGAUUUUCAUCCAUGAGGAAAAUGAGGAAGAACACAAGAACAUAGAUUCAGAUACGGAACAUUUGCAAUUUAAACUGGGUGAAUAUGAAGUUAGCCACCUGCUCUGGCAUUGUGUGGCUGCCUGGUCUUGUGUUCAGAAUAAUAGUCCUCAACUGAAUAAUGUGCUUGAGCAUCUCAUCUUCCAUAAAAAGCAGCUUCAAAAGAAAUGCUGGUUGGACUCAGCACUGGCUUUGUUUGUCCUUGGGGAGGCUGCCAAAUUAAACAUGGCCUGCUUGAAAGCCUUAAUGGAAAUAGUGAAAGAUUUUCUUUUAAGCAUUAUGUCUGUUCCGAAUCAGGAAAAAAAUGACAAGGUGGAUGACCUUUCUUGGGCCUGGAUUAUUGUCUAUACAUAUACGACAAUUGUGGCAGAAAUCUGCUUAUAUGCAGCAACUUCUGAUUUACGAAAAACUGCUCUUAUCGGUUUCUGUGAUUGUAAAAGUUCACGAAAGAAUGUUUUAUCCAUGGAGAAAUCAGAAGAACAGCCAAAAUUACGAGAAACAAAUAUUUUAAAUCUUUUUGAAUAUUUUUCUUCAAAAAUAUCAGAUGAUUGUGAUCGAGUGGUCUUUGUUGGAUAUUAUGGUUUGGUGUAUAACAUGGUGAAAAUGGUGUGGGAGCUUCGGGAUGAUGAGGAACAAGAUGGAUUUAGAAACAUGAUAUGGAAAAAAUUACAAAUAACAAAGGAUUAUGAGAAAGAUGAGCGAAUCCAAAAUGCAAUAAACAUAGCCCAGGCUGAAUUAAACAAUCCAACUGAUCCCUUUACCAGAUAUAGUACAAAAGUUUCAUCAAACAUAGAGGAAGAUGUUUUCUCUAAAUACAUUGGAUGGAGAAUUGCCAACACACUUUCCAAACUAUUCGUUCCAUCUCUUGAUGCCCAUGUUCUCCCUUCAAUGAAACCAGUGGUCAAACAGGAUCGAAAGAAAUAUCUAAGUAAAAAACAGGAGUCCAUGAAGAAAAGAUUCCUAUAUUUUAGUGUAAGGGAACGUCCUUCUUUAUCAGAACUUCCCAUGUUUCCAUAUCCAGAUUUCUUCACCAAGGCGGAUAAGGACUUGGCAAAAAUUGUUGACUAUCACUGGCAGACGGAGCUGAAUUUGCGAAGGAAAGAAGAGGCAAUAGUUGAGGCCAAAAAACUCAAAGAUAAAGAGUUAGAAGAGAAGAAUCACUUUGAAGAAGUUAUGAGGAAAAGGGAAGAGAAACUACAUAAGCAAACCAAACCUUAUGAGCUUCCUCAAAUGACUGAAGCAAUUUCUUUAGAGAAGAAAAUGACUCACAAAAAAAAUGGAGUCCACUUUCCCACAAAUUAAUAACACGAGACCAAGAUAGGUCCACAUUAGGAUUAUUUGUUGUAUUAAUCUGAGAUCAUUUUGGGGAAAAGAGUUGUCAUCCUGGUGCAAGCUGUUCAAUAGUCAUAUCCUGGUCUUACGUUGGUAAUCAACUUUUAGUCACGGUUGAGUGAAGUGAUUUCUCCAGUUAAAAUUUCCAAUUCUCUAGCUAAUGUUUUUCUCAACUGAUGCUUGUCUUGUGAUAGUAUGGCAUUCUAGAUCAAUCAUUCCCAGAAUGUUGAGUUUCAUUGGACUGUAAGAUGGAAAUGAAUUGCAAAUUAAUGAGUCACUGAAUAAGAGUUAUUUCUUGAAAAUAGAGUGAGCAUUUGCUUA